GUGUUUCGCCCCCCUCCCCCCCGUCGAUAUGCCACAAACCUUGAGAGCGGGUUGCCGUCUUAUUAUUGCGACCGUCGUUGGAAUCCUGGUAGAGUGAGUGAGAGAGAGAGAGACGCCGUCGUGGAGGCGACAUUUUGAAUCAUUCUGCGCUUCGUUUGGCGUUUCGUGGCGUGAGCGGUGUUGGUUUUGGUGGGAUUUGUGAGGGUGGCAAGGGGCUUUGAAGUGGGAAGGUUCUGGAAGGUUGUCGAAGAAGGUGCCGGGUCCGACUCGUUGCCGUGAGCAGGAGUUUGUAGGCAGACGUUUUGAUUGACAAGCGCGCAAGAGUUGGUUGAAAGACACACCGUCGGUUUGGAAGUCUUCGUUCGUGGAGGGAGACGAGUUGGCCAAGGGAGUUGUCGUCUCGGGGAAGGGGAUGCAGAGGAAGUGCGAGUCGCAUGCUCAUCUUGAUCCUCACAUCUCGUACUCCGUUGUUUUCGUUGGCUCUGAGAGGAGUUUUUUUAGCCUGCUCGGAUUUUUCUCAUCGGCUGGAUUUUAAAUUUUUUUAGCGGAAUUAGAAUCAAUUCUUGGCUGGGAGGUGGGUGAUGUGAUUUGUCUGCCAUUGAGUAGGCCAAUCGAGUGCAGGGAGUUAUUGAGUAUCUCGGGACUUACUGGGUGCUUAAGUCUCAGUGUUCUGCCAAGGGUAGCCGUCAUCCAUUAACUAGUGCCACUCUGAGGGUGGUUGGUUUUUGAGGGAAUUCUUCGUGUUUCGAAGAGUUUUGUGAGCCAUCACGGAGUUGCAAUCCACGACGGUUUAUCUUGGGGUCGAGUUCGUGUUUUCUGUACACAGCCAUUGUGAAGGGAGGGACUGGUUUUCUCUGCCAGAGGUUCUGAGAAAUGGAGCCGUGUGGCUGUCGCUGAUAAUACUUCACUUAUGCAUCGGAACAUUGUGUGAAGUUCUCAUUUGGAUACGUUGAGCAGAUUUAAGAGAGUUUGUAGGCUGCACGCGAGCAGUGUUUUAAAGUUGAUUGGGGGAGAGGGUUAUACAUCUUACCUUACUGCCGGUUUAUUACGAAGGUGCUUGUUAAGACAGGGAAGGGUUUCCUGAUUAUCUGACAGAGGAGAACAGUUGGAAUCCAUGGUUGGUCCAGCCUCGCAGAAUGUCACUAGCGGUGCGGGUUUGCAUCAGGAUGAUUACCAUGGAGAGAAGCAUGGUUGGUCAACCCAGCCUCGAGCCGCGGUUCAAUGUGGCUCGUAUUCAAGGACACUACAAACGAAGCACUAUUCCGGAGGCGAUUCGGGAAAGCGAGUUAACCACAGAGUUACGAAGGGAGCAGACCACAGGGUAGGAGGAGGACCAGACAUGAAUGCAAGAAUCAAUCUGCCGUCGUCGGUCUCUUCUUCUGGUCAUUUCUCUUGUCCAUCUAAUAUCGAUCGCUUCCUCGAGGUUACUACUCCCCGGGUGAAGACUCAGAAUCUUCCCAAGUCAUACGUACGGGAUUCUUCUCAGAAGCGGUGUCUCAACCCUGAAAAGACGGCAUACUUCAACCUGAGAGACUUAUGGGACUCAUUCGACGAAUGGAGCGCAUAUGGAGCUGGUGUGCCUUUGGUGUUGAAUGGUGAUGAGAGCGUUGUCCAGUACUAUGUGCCUUACCUGUCUGCUCUUCAGUUGUACAAGCUGGCACCACGGCAGUCGGGAUUCAGGAAUCGAGGGUCUGAUUCUGAUACGGGCAGCGAGGCUAGUUCAGACGGUGAGAAUGACAGUUUUUCCCUGGGUUACAAAGGUGCCGAGAGUCCGCCAUCGAGUUUGCGUGGUCCCUCCGGAAACAGUAUCAGGUUGAAUUAUUCCCGGUCGGAAAGCGACGAAGAUGUAGAGGUCUGGUCUUAUUUUGAGACCAUUUCGCCGUAUAGUCGGGUUCCUCUUGUUGAUAAGAUUGCAGACCUGUCACGAGAUUUCGAGCCCGACAAGAAUCCCCUACGUACACUACAAAGUUUCGACCUUUUACCGAACAGUUGGCUUUCGGUCGCUUGGUAUCCAAUCUACCGGAUACCUACUGGACCUACUCUGCGAGAUCUGGAUGCUUGCUUUUUAACAUUCCACCCUUUAUCAACACCAUUAAAAGCUACAGGAGAUGCUUCCAUGAGGUCACCGCGUCGCGAGGGUGUGUGUGUAGCUCAAAAUGUCCCUCCUCUGGAACCUCUACCGCUUCGUGCAUUUGGGCUGGCAUCGUACAAGCUCAGAGGUGCUGUCUGGUCUUCAAGUUCCGAGAGGCGACAAGUAGCAAUGUUGCAGAGGAAGGCCGACGACCAUCUCAAGGAUUUGCGUGUUCAACAUCUGCAUUCAGACUUCAAUUAUUUCACCUCUCAUAGUACACCGACUCGUCGCUGAGUCGUGACUUUGGGCUGUAACAUUAGUGUGUAUCUAUAUCCCCCUUUCCCACCAUGGUCAAAUAAUGACCGCGAGGCUCGAGUAUUCAUCUCAUGAAACAGCGACUGGCAGCUCUCGUACAAAUUCUUCGCCAAUGUUACUGGGCCAGCUUGUGUAAGUUAAUGUUGCACCACCUGCGCUGGCAUUUUGAAUAAGCCAGUCUAGCUGUAGUUUCAGUUUCUUCCCUUAUCUGAAACCAAAAAAGUAAAAAUUAGAAAAAAUGGAAAAUCUUGAUUUUUGUGAUUGCACUUCAUUCGAGCUUGUAGGGUAGAUUAGAGGCAAAGUUUUUGAAGCCUCUUAUAUGCUUUUGCUUAGGGCAGGGCUUUGGAACAUCAAUAUCAAUCUUGUGGAUACUAUUGAUGAUGCGUAACUUUAUGUUCAGUUUUAGUUGAAGUGGCAAUCUGUAGCCGGGAAGUAGUGGAGAAUCUGACAAGGUCUUUCUAUGUCCUUUACCUUGUAGCAUCGUUUUAUGAGGGAGGCUUAAAGUAGUUCUUAUGGUUAUAAAAGACGGUACUUGGGUUUUAUUUUUUGAAAAUUUACUUAUAUUUUUUAUAUACCUUCUGAACGAAGUGCUGAACGUUUUGGCAACGUUCAAUAUCUAAUUUUCUGUAAAUGUCUUGGAAAUAUAAAUGUUACAUAUCUCAUCUGGUUGGUUUCCUUGACCACUUGAGCAGCAUUCAUGUGUG